AUGCCCUUGAGCAUACUUCCCUCAGCGCCCGCCUCGCCGCCGACACCUGCACCCUCACCGACGCCUUAUCAACGGGCUCCUAGUUGGACAUGUGCCGGCGAGAAUGAGGAUGCUUUCCUACGAGAUGCCCGGGGCCAUUUCCGAGACUUGAACGCCGCCGAGCGCGAGAGGUAUCUCGCCGAACUACUUAAUAUGUGUGACAGCCAGUUGCUGUCCUUUGUUCACAACUUUGUCUCGCCCAGGCUGAAGAAAGAUCCGUUCGAGCAUCUCCCAGACGAGCUUUGCUUAAGGGUUCUGUCCUACAUCGAUGAUCCUCUCAGUCUGGCUCGAGCCUCCCAAGUCUCACGUCGGUGGCACAAACUUCUAAACGAUGACAUGCUCUGGAAGAUCAUGUGCGAUAAACACGCUUGGCGCAGGUCGUCGUCCUCCGGUCCGAACGACGACCCAGACUCGCCGUCUUUGCCGCAAGCAAUUCAAGGACCAUAUGCACGCUCACCCAAGAGAAACUUGGAUGGCUCGAUUGUUGGGCCGUCAAGUAGCGCCCCGAACCUGACUUUGCCGAAACAUGACUCGCUGUCAACGAGUCCAAAAGCAAAAAAGCGUGUAUCGCAAUCACAUUACUCUCAUUUCCGCCACAAAUACAUGAUUGAGGCGGCGUGGAGAAAAGGAGGCGAAAGCAUUAUUAAACACAUCACCCCGGAUCAAGGAGUUGUCACAAGUCUGCAUUUGACCGAGAGAUAUAUCGUGGUGGCAAUGGACAACGCCAAAAUCCAUGUCUUCAACACUGUUGGUGAUCACCAAAAGACGCUUAAGGGGCACGUCAUGGGGGUUUGGGCCAUGGUGCCUUGGGAUGACAUUCUCGUAUCUGGUGGAUGUGACCGCGAUGUGAGGGUAUGGGACAUGAAGACUGGUCGCAGCAUCCACGUGUUAAGAGGCCACACCUCGACAGUGAGAUGCCUUAAGAUGUCAGAUGCCAACACUGCCAUCUCAGGUUCCAGAGAUACGACCCUGAGGGUUUGGGACUUGCAGUCUGGAGUUUGCAAGAAUGUUUUAGUCGGCCAUCAAGCCAGUGUUCGGUGCCUCGCCAUCCACGGUGAUGUUGUCAUCUCUGGGUCCUACGACACUACUGCCCGGGUCUGGAGCAUCUCUGAAGGACGCUGUCUUCGAACACUCACGGGACACUUCAGUCAAAUAUACGCCAUAGCCUUUGAUGGUAAGCGAUGCGCUACAGGGUCUCUGGAUACCAGCGUGAGGAUAUGGGAUCCAAAGACCGGCAUGUGCACUGCCAUUUUGCAGGGCCACACCUCGUUGGUCGGCCAAUUGCAGCUUCGUGGUGACACACUCGUCACUGGUGGCUCUGAUGGAUCCGUUCGCGUUUGGUCACUCAAAACAAAUUCUCCCAUACAUCGCCUGGCUGCGCACGAUAAUAGUGUUACGAGUCUGCAGUUCGACGAUAACCGAAUCCUGAGUGGUGGCAGUGACGGGCGUGUCAAGGUCUGGAGCGUCGAGACCGGCCAGUUGGUUCGCGAGCUCAGCCAACCUGCCGAAGCCGUUUGGCGGGUCGCUUUCGAGGAGGAGAAGGCUGUGAUCAUGGCAAGCCGGUCAAACCGAACUGUCAUGGAGGUUUGGUCAUUCUCCCCACCCGACGAGCAGAUGGACCGACGUUCAGAGAGCCCUCUGAGUUUGCCGGAACAACCACCGCCGAUAGACGACGACGAAGAACCGACUCAGUUUCACCAGGAGAUCGACGUGGACGCAAAUAUGAGCGAUGCCUAG